AUGCUCGCUGCUCGUCCAUACUCUACUAAAAUGUCUGUUGUUUACAGAGGAGGCGGUUCCCUAAACUCAACAACAAAAAGAUUCUUUUUGACUACUUCUCAAAAAAUGGCACCAUCUGUUAUUCUAAGACAGCAACCAAAUGAUUUGAUAAUACAACCGUAUCAGCACUUUGAUAUUGGGCCAAAACCAAGUUUGAUUAUUUCGAGAAAGUUUUCCGCCUCGGAAAAUAUCAAAAUGCCACACGCCGUCAAGAGACAGAGGAAACCUGCUAAGGAUCAACUCCAUAGCAAGUCGCACUACAAAUUCACUCCUGCUGCGCAAGUGAAAAUUGCAGACUUGAACGAAAAUGUCCUUAAGGCUAAAUACGCUGUCAGGGGAUCCAUCCCCAUGAGAGCUGAACAGUUGCAACACCAGUUACAAGAGGACCCACGGUCUUUACCCUUCGAUAAGAUUAUCAACGCCAACAUCGGGAACCCUCAGCAACUAAAUCAGAAACCGUUAAGUUUUUACAGACAAGUCUUGUCGCUUCUUCAGUUCCCAGAACUAUUGAAUUCUUUGAAGGAAAACCCAGCUGCUGCCACCAGCCUGUACAAAGCAGACGCAGUGAGGAGAGCUGAAAAGUUACUGGAGGACAUUGGUGGGUCUGUUGGUGCAUACUCUACUUCUCAAGGUGUGAUGGGGAUCAGGAAAACUGUCGCCGACUUUAUUACCCGCAGGGACAACAAUGAACCAGCUUAUCCAGAGGAUAUAUUUUUGACUGCAGGAGCCUCUGCAGCUGUAUCGUAUUUACUUUCCAUCUUUUGCAAAGGUGAAAAGACUGGGGUCUUGAUUCCUAUCCCUCAGUACCCAUUGUACACUGCAACCUUGGCUCUGAAUAACUCGCACACCUUGCCAUACUACUUGGAUGAGAAAUCCGGUUGGUCGACCAACACGAAGGAGAUCGAUUCCGUAGUCCUUGACGCGAUAGAUAGAAACAUUAAACCUUCUGUCUUGGUCGUCAUCAACCCAGGUAAUCCAACAGGUGCAGUACUAUCUGAAAAGGCCAUUGCCGAGAUCUUCGAAAUCGCCGCUAAGUACGGUAUUGUCGUCAUUGCAGAUGAAGUUUACCAGGAGAAUAUCUUUGACGAAGAUGUAAAAUUCCAUUCCAUGAAAAAAGUGUUGCGGAAGUUGCAACAGGAACAUCCAGGUAAGUUUGACGAAGUUCAACUGGCUUCAUUGCAUUCGACUUCAAAGGGUGUUUCCGGUGAAUGUGGCCAAAGAGGUGGGUUCAUGGAGUUGACCGGGUUUUCACACGAAAUCCGCCAGGUUAUUUUGAAGCUAGCCUCCAUUUCUUUGUGUCCUGUCGUGACGGGUCAGGCCCUGGUCGAUUUGAUGGUUCAUCCACCACAGGAGGGUGAGGAGUCCUAUGAAUUAGACCAAGCAGAACGUAGCCACAUUCACUCAGAACUUCAUAAGCGCGCCAAUAAACUGUGGGAAACCUUCAAUAGAUUGGAAGGUAUCCAAUGCCAGAAACCACAGGGUGCCAUGUAUCUAUUCCCCAGAUUGAACUUGCCAUUCAAGGCCGUUCAAAAAGCCCAACAUAUGGAGAUGACCGCAGACGAAUUCUACUGUAAAGAGCUGCUGGAAAACACUGGUAUCUGUACUGUGCCAGGUUCUGGGUUUGGUCAAGUGCCAGGCACUUACCACCUGAGAACCACUUUCCUAGCCCCAGGCACGGAAUGGAUUGACCUAUGGGAGAAAUUCCACAAGGAGUUUUAUAACAAGUACCGUGAUUGA